CGAUCGAAGCGACAACACUCGAGAAUUAUCGCAGAGAACCUGUCGAUGGCCCCUGUCACAGGUCUUAAGAACCGUCCUAAGGUGGACUUUGACGCGUAUAUGGGAAAACUGCACCAUGAGGCGGCAGGAAUCGUAUAUAACAGAAAAAUGGGAAAUCCAGAUUUCGCUGAGUACGAUACUGGCAAGAUUGACCCUAUGACGGGCGACGGAGGUAUACCUACUAUUGACCCUCCGGCAAUUCCCGGUCAGAUUUUUAAGGCGGAGAAGAAACCCGCGCCUGUGUGCUCUAAGAAACCAAUGCCUCCUCCGGCAGUACAGUCACCUAUUGCCGUGGCGGUGGAUGUAAGCGAAGAAAAGAACCCGGACUUUCCGGCUCGCAGACCUCUACCGCCGUCGACCAACACUUCCCUAAGUAAACAAGGGGCGGUACUGUAUGUCAACACGUCCGUUGGCCGCGCAACAGUUCGUCCCUUCCCGAAAAAUAGAAUGGAACCGGCAGAACAUGACGUCACUGAUGACGCUGGUUCUUACGAACUAGUGGGAACGGCAGAUGCAGUGUACUCAGAGGCUUAUGGUGACGUCAUACCUGUUUCGAAGGAAAGUGAAAACACAAGUCAUAUUUCGUAUGGGAAUUAUGUGAAACUCGGUAUGUCAGCGUUGACGCCUUCGUCUUACCUGAUGGCACAGAUAUUUAAAACAGAUCAAGGAACUAAGUCAACCAACAUGGACAAAAUUAAAACUUUGACAAUGAAUGAAAUAGACGACAUUUUAAGGCUUUUGAAACUCGCCGAAUACAUAGAAACAUUUCAAGAUAACCAAGAGGGACGGUGCUAUUUUGACGAGUCUCGAACGUGAUGAUUUGGUGAACGAGUUGGGGAUGAAGAAACUGCAGGCGACGAGACUAUUUAUGUACAUGUCUGAGGGCCACAUCCCCAAGUGAUUUCAUUCCUGCAUAUGCGUUUCGUGUGUGAUUCUCAUUACGCGGAAUGCAAAUAUAUGCAACUUACUCAAUACCCUGUUUAUAAUUAAAAUCUUUUGGCCUACAGCCAUUAUUAAAAUGGAAGUGAAGAUUAUGUACGCAGAACAUAGAAAACAUUAAUUUGUGUAUUGCAUAAUUUGUUACACAAUUUGGCAUAUGCAUAUGUUUUCAUGGCGUACAAUAUGCAAGGCACGAUAAAACUUCGUGUUCUUAAUUUGAAUCUUUCAUGUCCAUUAUACGAGAGUUAAAAUUUAAUACAGUUGAAUGCAUCGGAGGUUUUAUCGUGCAUCAUCGGUGCGACAACGAACUAAGAUUGCGCUGAUACAUGGAUUGAGUUGUUAACAAACUUUGAUUGGACUGAUGUUGGCGGCUUUGUUAUUGUUUCAUGCAGUGUUUGAAAUAUGUUGUAAUAUGUUGUAAUAUGUCGUCCGUGCUAUUUGAUCCACCACUUAUCCUAAGUAUUUGAAAAUGUUUGCGCCUCAAACAUUAUAAUAAACCAGUUUUAUUGUA